UAAUAAACCGAUUUCCGGUCCCGGCGGAGGAAUCACGUGGGGAGAGAAACGUCAGGAGUAGGAAGUGCGCGGGGAUGUUGCUGUGGAGGUUGGGGUGCAGGGGCCCCGCUUUGGGGAUAGUGAGGGGGUUGAAGCCGGUGGCGCCCCGGUUCCCCCCAGUCAGAGAAUUCCGGAGUCGGAACCCGUUCACCCGCGGGCAGGAGAAGGACUGGCGGAGCCGGAACAAGACGGUACUGACGUACGUGGCCGCGACGGUGGUGGGAAUGGUGGGAAUGUCCUAUGCGGCUGUUCCUCUGUAUCGACUCUACUGUCAGGCUUCAGGAUUGGGUGGCACAGCAGUGGCAGGUCAUAGUUCGGAGCAGAUUGAGGCAAUGGAGCCGGUGAAGGGGCGAGUUAUUAAAGUGACGUUUAAUGCAGAUGUACAUGCCAGUCUGCACUGGAACUUCCGACCCCAGCAGAGUGAAAUCUAUUUGGUUCCAGGAGAAACGGCUUUAGCUUUUUAUCGAGCGAGGAAUUCUACAGAGAAUCCCGUAAUUGGGAUCUCCACCUACAACGUUGUACCCUAUGAGGCCGGCCAGUACUUCAACAAGAUUCAGUGCUUUUGCUUUGAAGAACAGAGGCUGAAUCCCCACGAAGAAGUCGACAUGCCGGUGUUUUUCUUCAUAGACCCAGAAUUUGCAGAGGACCCCCGCAUGGCCAGGGUGGACACUAUUACUUUAUCUUAUACCUUUUUUGAAGCCAAAGAAGGACAGAAACUGCCGCUGCCGGGGUACAGCUGAGCCAGGUCUGCAGCAACCGCUUCUGAUUGGGCCUCUCACAUAUUUUACUAUUUAGUGACAUCAGAGAGCGCUGUAGCCAAUAAAAAGCUUUUAUUUAUGGUGUAAAA